CAGUUGGAUGGCAGGCAGCUGCUGGGGCUGACACGUUACUAAAGUUAAAGGUGCUACGGAGGCCUCGUCGGGCACUUGAGGUUUUACUUUACACAUGAGCGUCUGUAAACUGCGUCGGGAAAGUCUGCACGGGGAUAACGGAGACGCAAGCGGGAGUCGUCAGCCUCGGUUAGUCUUGCAUUUCAGCAGCUCAAAGCAGGAGUUGGACGUGAAGUCAAGAGAAAAAUCUGAGCGGCCACUUUGAAGUCAGAGGAGGAGGAGGAGGAGGAGGAGGAGGGGGUCUUGAGUGGAUGUGGCUAUGCUAAAAUAAUGUAUCCGUCGGGACAUAUUCACACUUAACUCGUCUUUUCUGCUUGGAAAUGUGCGGGGACUAAGGGGAGGGGUGGGGGUGUUUCUUCAGUCUUCACCAGGAGGUAAAAAGUUGAGUCGGAAGUUUCCAGCAGCAGAGACGGGGCGUUUUCGCGUAGACAGCGGGGAGGGGUGCGGGUCCAACAUGGGAAGCGGGGUGUGCUCCCGGAGGCAGCGGAGGAUCUUCCAGUGUCUCCUGCUGGUCACCGUGGUCUGCGGGAUGAUGUACGCGGGGAUGAUAUCGUACGAGAUGCACAAGCAGCUCAAGAGGACGGAGGCAAUGGCACUCAAGUAUCAGCAACAUCAAGAGUCGCUCUCGGCACAGCUCCAAGUGGUGUAUGAGCAUCGCUCCAGGUUAGAGAAGUCUCUUCAGAAGGAGAGAUUAGAGCACAAAAAGGCCAAAGAAGAUUAUCUGGUUUAUAAACUGGAAGCACAACAGUCACUCAACAAGGAGAAGCAAGACUCCAGCAGCAGAUUCAAUUCCCUCCAAGUGCAGCAUCAGAUGCUAAAGAACCAGCACGAGGACCUUAAGAAGCAGUAUUAUGAGCUGCAGGACCAGCACCAAGUCCAGGGCGAGGACCACAGCCGGCUGCUGGACGAACACAGAAUGCGCUAUGACAAACUACAGCAAGCCAAAGAGGUGGAAAUCUCCCAACUCAAAGAUAGUGUACAUAACCUGAGAGAGGAGAAUAAACAGCUGAGGAAAGCCCACCAUGACAUUCACACACAGCUACAGGAUGCACAGGUUCAGCAUCAGGAACUGAAGGCGUCCCAUAGUCAGCUCGCACUGACACUGGAAGACCACAAGAGUGCGCUGGCUGCAGCACAGAUGCAGGUGGAUGAAUACAAGCAGCUGAAGGAAUCCCUGAACAGGGAGCCCAGUCUGAGACUGCCUGAACAAAACCCUGUCCCCCAGCAGUUGCAAGCAGUUGCCGCAGCACCCGAAUCCCAUAUUCACGAAACCCAGCAGGCCACAAUACUGAAACAGCCACAAAAAGAGGAGCCCACCCAUGAGGAAGAUCACCAGGGUCACCGGGACGCUGAGUCCAGGUUGGACCAUCAAAAGGAGGUGCAUGCUCUGUCUGAGACUUACAAGCAAUCCUUGUCAGACCAUGAGGAGGAUAGAGAGGGAGAGGCAGAGAGGAAGAGGGAGCUGGCGGAGGAGGAGAUGGCUCAAGCAGGACAGCCUCAGAAGCUGGAGGAGGACCCGGACCAACAGCAGGAUGAGCAGCAAGAGGAAGACGAAGAGCUGGAACAGAAACAGCCGGACGAGAAUGCCCUGGACCGACAGAGACGCCAGCCACAACUGGGUCCCCAUCAGGAGGCCCAGCUGCAGCACAAGGCGCACGCCGAGGUGGAACACGUGAAGUCGCCCUACGAGCAGCAGCAGGAGCAGCAGCGCCUGGAGACUCAAAGGGCUGAGGAGCGCAGGCGGGUUCAGGAGCGUCAGGAGGCCCUGCAGGUCCAGAGAGACCGGGUGCUGAAGGAGAGGGAGCAGAGGCUGAAGGAGGAACAGGAGAGAGAGCAGCAGCAGCAAAGGGAGGCCGACGGACAGGAGCAGCAGCUGAGACAGGAGCCCCAAAGGAAGAGGGCAGAGUACGAGAACAUGGACAACGAUAUCGUUCAGGGAGAAGAGGACCGUCACACUGACCAAGAAGAAGACAGAGAUAUUCACAUGUUACAUGAGGAGGAGGAGAAACAAGAAGUGGAUCACAGAGUGCCGCCACAUCAGCAGGGUGCUGAUGGUGAGCUGGACCCCGAGGACGACCCCAACAACCAGGGAGAGGAUGAGUUUGAGGAGGCUGAGGACGAGCGACCGCAGCACAGGGUCGCAGAAGAGGAAGACGAGGGGGUAGAGGAGGAAGAGGAGCCGGCAGCACCAGCCCAGCACAUAGACAAACACCAGGGCCCCGAACAACCUGCUGUGGAGGAGGAACUGGUGAUAGCUGGAAACCCAGAUCAACAGGAAGACACGCUGGAUGACCAGUACCAAGAGGAAGUAGAGGACGAGGCUCAGGAGGACAUAGCUGGUGGGCAGAAGAGAGAGGGGGAGGAGGAGGAGGAAGGCGAGGAUACAUAUAAUGAGGAGAACAUAGAACAGGAUGAAGUGAAAAACCAGGAUGGACCAAGAAAGGAAGGGGAUCACAGGAAAGAGGCAGAGAAUAAUGAAGAAGAGAAUUACGAAGAGGAUUUAGAGGAGGAUAUGGCUGGUCGAGACAAGGGAACCAAUCGGAGGGCAGAAAUGUGAGACAGACGCAGACUUUGACCAGUUGCAGUGCCUUUUCAGCUGCCCAUGGAGCAUAUCAGGUCUUAUCUUCCCUUGUUUCCCAGUGGAAUAAAAAUAGCCAUCCAUUCAGAAUCCCACUUAGGAAUAUUGGGAUACUAUGGAAGAUGGGAUGCAGUAGAGAGCAGUUCACUCUGUGGAAAUGGACAGAAUUUGUGAGGGAAAUGGGACAUAUACUGUAUAUGUUUUUUUUAUUCAUUUGCUUUCCUGUCUACUAGCAUGUCUGCCUGAUUGCUUGUCUGGUUAUAUUUUUAUCAGCAGACAGGCAGAGAAUAUAUUUUUAUCAUGUGCUGCCUUUGAGUAAUGUGCAAAAAAAAAAAACCCACAAAGAUAAAUUAUGUUAUUCUGGUGUCCUCAUGUUCAGGCCUUUAUAUGUAUGAUUUAUGCAAACCGCUGUAUUCUUUUGUAGAGCUCAAAGUUAAAUGUACAUCUUGUCAUUCCAAUCGAUCGAGUUGUUUUCUGUUAUUUAUUGUUGAUUGUAACAACUUUGACAAUCAUAAAAAAAAAAAGGAAAAAAAGGUGCAACACUUCUUUUGAUGUCCCCUUACUCAACUAGUUUGUGUCAUAAUGGCGUUUACCAACUUCUUGAAGCUGAUGCACAGGAGUAUUUCCACUGGAUAGUUCUGCAAAUUCAAGUCAGAGAGACAUUUCUGUGCUGAAGGUGUCACACUGUGACAUGUGCCUUUCCAUUCUUGGAAACCUCUUCUAGGUAUGAGUCAUUUUACAUUUAGAAGCGUAUUUCAAUAGGACAGGAGAGAUACGAGCAUGCCAGUCAGUGCGGAACCUCUUGCAGAUUGCUUCAGCAUAGCCUUAAAUGGAUAGCUGUUUCAUGUCAACUGCUGGUGUGAAUUUAAAUUCACAACCUGAAUGCAAUUUACUGCAAAAUCUCAAAGUCUACUGUACAGUGUAUAGUUAAAUAAAUGCAUUUUUCCACCUGUUAUAUUUGAUACAAAAAAAGUGGGAUUCCACCUGAAGUGUGUUUGUGUGUGUGGAAUAAAGAGAUCAAAGGAUUUCA